AUGACCAACAAGGCCGCCACCGCCAGCAUCAUCGCCGCCGUGGGCGUCGUCGCCGUCAUCGGCACGAUCGCCGCGGUCACCACGUCCAGGAAGGCCAGCGACGAUGGUGGCAACAUGUCCACCAGCAUCAAGCUCUCCCAGCUCUGCUCCUCCACGCUGUACCCGGCCAAGUGCGAGAACAGCCUCACCCCCGUCGUCAACGAGUCCUCCAACCCGGAGGAGGUCCUCCGGGCCGCGCUCCAGGUGGCCAUGAACGAGAUCGGCGACGCCUUCGCCAAAUACACCGACGUCGGCAGGGGCGCCGCCGACAAGAUCACCUUGAGCGCCAUCGGCGAGUGCAAGAAGCUGCUCGACGACGCCAUCGUGGACCUCAAAGACAUGGCCGGCCUCAGGGCGGACCAGGUCGUCGUCCAGGUCAAUGACCUCAGGGUCUGGAUCUCCGGCGUCAUGACCUAUAUCUACACCUGCGCCGAUGGCUUCGACAAGCCGGAGCUCAAGCAUGCCAUGGACAGGCUGCUGAGGAACUCCACAGAGCUCAGCAGCAACGCCCUGGCUAUCAUCACCCGCGUCGGCCAGUUCCUGCAUCAAGCACAGGACGCCAAGAGUGAUUCCACCGGCGGAGGGAGCCGCCGACUUCUCGGGUGGUACAUGGGUGACGCGCACGACGUGGAAAGCAGGCGCCGGCUUCUAGCUAUCAAUGGCAGGCUGGACGAGAUCGCAGAUGUGGGAGACGCGAGCCGGCGCCUCCUGUCAGAGACGAUGGACGAGAUCACUGAGAUGUCACACGACGGAGACCGCCACCUGUCGGAGACGAUGGACCAGAUCGAUGAGAUGUCCCACAGCGGAGACCGCCACCUGUCGGAGACGAUGGACGAGAUCGAUGAGAUGUCCCACGACGGAGACCGCCACCUGUCGGAGACGAUGGACGAGAUCGAUGAGAUGUCUCACGAGGGAGACCGCCACCUGUCGGAGACGAUGGACCAGAUCGAUGAGAUGUCCCACGACGGAGGCCGCCACCUGUCGGAGACGAUGGACCAGAUCGAUGAGAUGUCCCACGACGGAGACCGCCACCUCCAAGACGUGAGUACGCCCAACCUCAGCGGAAACGUGAGCACAUCCAACAUCACCGGAAAAGCGAACACGUCCCAGGUCAUGUCGUUCGGCGACGGCUCGUCGGCCUCGAUGUUCUUCGGCGUCUCCAACCUGACUAAGGAGGCCGACUUCGUCCGGCGCCGGCUGCUGAGCAUGUCGUUCAACGACAUCUCGUCGGAGAACGAGGUUAAACAAUACGGUGAACGCAACCGGCGAAGGCUUCUCAACGACGCCUCGUCGGAUAACGAGGUUAAACAAUACGGCGAGGGCAACAGGCGAAAGCUCCUCAACGACGCAUCAUCGGAUAACGAGGUUAAACAAUACGGCGAAGGCACCAGGCGAAGGCUCCUCGGCGACGCCUCGUCGGAUAACGAGGUUAAGCAAUACGGCGAAGGCAGCAAGCGAAGGCUCCUCGGCGACGCCUCGUCGGAUAACGAGGUUAAGCAAUACGGCGAAGGCAGCAAGCGAAGGCUCCUCGGCGACGCCUCGUCCGAUAACGAGGUUAAACAAUACGGCGAAGGCAGCAAGCGAAGGCUCCUCGGCGACGCCUCGUCAGAUAACGAAGUUAAACAAUACGGCGAAGGCACCAGGCGAAAGCUCCUCACCGAGGCCUCGUCGAAUAACGAGGUUAAACAAUACGGUGAAGGCAGCAAGCGAAGACUUCUCAGCGACGCCUCGCCGGAUAACGAGGUUAAACAAUACGGCGAAGGCAAUAAGCGAAGGCUCCUCAGCGAUGCCUCGUCGGGUAACGAGGUUAAGGAAUACGGCGAAGGCAACAAGCGAAGGCUCCUCAGCGACGCUUCGUCGGAUAACGAGGUUAAACAGUAUGGCGAAGGUAACAGGCGAAGGCUCCUGUCCACCCAGAUGCAGAGCAUCGCCGACAUGUCGGCGCAUAUGAACCGCCGCCUCCUCACGACGGAGCUCCCCGAGCACCUCGCCGGCAAGCGUCAGCUCCUGUCCAACAAGCUCGUCAUGAUCAACGAAGUCGCCAAGGAGGCCAACUGCGAGCUCGAGGCGAUCGGCGUCGGCAGGUUCCCCGAGGAGGAGGAUCAGAGGGUGCUGGCGACGGAGGUUGUCGGCACGAUCGACGACCUGCCCAACCAGCAGCGCCGCAAGCUGCUGUCCGCCGGUGCGUUCCCGGAAUGGGUGUCGUCCCACACCCGGAGGCUCCUCCAGGCUCCCGGCGGGCUGCAGAAGCCCAACGCGGUGGUGGCCGCGGACGGGAGCGGCAACUUCAAGACCAUCACGGAGGCCCUCAACUCCGUGCCCCCGAAGUCCACCGCUCGCUUCGUCAUCUACGUCAAGGCCGGGGAGUACAAGGAGUACGUCACCGUCAGCAAGGACCAGGCCAACGUCUUCAUGUACGGCGACGGGCCUACCAAAACCCGGGUCAUCGGCGACAAGAGCAACAAGGGAGGCUUCGCCACCAUUGCCACCCGCACCUUCUCGGCGGAGGGGAACGGGUUCAUCUGCAAGUCGAUGGGGUUCGUGAACACGGCGGGGCCGGACGGGCACCAGGCGGUGGCGCUGCACGUGCAGGGGGACAUGUCGGUGUUCUUCAACUGCAGGUUCGAGGGGUACCAGGACACGCUGUACGUGCACGCCAACCGGCAGUUCUUCCGCAACUGCGAGGUGCUGGGCACCAUCGACUUCAUCUUCGGCAACUCGGCGGCGGUGUUCCAGAACUGCCUCAUGACGGUGCGGAAGCCCAUGGACAACCAGGGCAACAUGGUGACCGCGCACGGGCGCACGGACCCCAACAUGCCCACCGGCAUCGUGCUCCAGGGGUGCAAGAUCGUGCCGGAGGACGCGCUGUUCCCCGUCAGGCAUACGGUGCCUAGCUACCUCGGACGGCCGUGGAAGGAAUACUCGAGGACGGUGAUCAUGGAGAGCACCAUCGGCGACCUCAUCAAGCCCGAGGGGUGGUCGGAGUGGAUGGGUGACCUCGGGCUCAAGACGCUCUACUACGCCGAGUACGCCAACACCGGGCCCGGCGCCGGGACAAGCAAGAGGGUGACCUGGCCGGGGUACCGUGUCAUCGGACAGGCUGAGGCCACGCAGUUCACCCCCGGCGUGUUCAUCGACGGCAUGAGCUGGCUCAAGAACACCGGCACGCCUAACGUCAUGGGCUUCAUCAAAUGA